AUGAUUGUGGACUUACCAAAGGACGGAAACCACGACUCAAUCCUGGUCAUCAUCGAUAGCUUCACUAAGUACGGGAUAUUCGUCAAAUGCUCCAAGAAACUAAAAGCCCCGGAACUAGCGGAAUUAUUCUUGGAGCACGUAUGGAAACGACACGGCAUGCCUGAAAAAACGGUCUCGGAUAGAGGGAGGGUGUUCAACAACAGAUUCCUGAAGGCACUGUACAAACGUCUAGGAAUCGAUCCCCACUUCUCCUCGGCGUAUCAUCCCCAGAGCGAUGGUCAAACUGAACGAGUCAACCCGUCCAUUGAACACUUCCUAAGGGCAUACUCUGGCAUCAACCAACGGGACUGGACAAAAUGGCUGCCCAUGGCGGAGUUUGCAUACAACAACGCCGUACAUAGCAGCACGGGCAAAACUCCUUUCAAGGCCCUGUAUGGCUGGGAACCUACCCUAACCCCAUCAAACGUACCAACGGACGUCCCGGAAGCAGACGACCUGGCCCAAACAAUGGAGGCACAAUGGAGGGAGGUGGAAUCAGCACUCCGACAGUCCAAGCAACGGAUGACAGCCGGAGAAGAUGGAAGCCCAACGGAAUUUGAGAUUGGAGAAGAAGCUUGGUUAGAUGCCAAGAAUGUUAACCUUAAAACACUAAGUCCCAAACUAACGGAACAACGUCUGGGACCCUUCAAGGUUAUCGAGAAGAUCUCUGACCGGGCUUAUCGUCUAGAACUUCCCCCAACUAUGAGGAUCCACAACGUCUUCUAUGUGGGACUCCUAUCUAAGGUCAAAAGGGACAAGAAACUCACCGUGGACGGGGAAGAAGAGUACGAGGUUGAGGGAAUCACUGAUGCCGAAGAAAGGGGCGGAAAAUGGUUCUUCCGAGUCAAAUGGAAGGGAUAUGGGUCCGAAGAAAACACGUGGGAGCCCCGAGAAAACCUAAAAAACGCCGAAAAAAUUCUAGAAAAAUACGAAAAAGACAUGAAAAAGAAGGCCCUCGGCGCUGCCAAGGCCCUUAGAGGGGGGGCAGUGUCGACAGAAGCCUUCCAAGGGCUGAAAGAUGCCAUCACAAACGCCCUGGUACUUUGUCAUGCAGACCCUACCAAACCAUAUUUCCUCAAAACAGACGCAUUGGGAGCCACCUUAGGUUCCAUACUAAGCCAACAACAGGAUGAUGGAUGCCUACACCCCCUGGGUUUCCUAUCAGAAUCUUUCAAAGGUGCCAAGCAAAAUUACAACACCCAUGAUAAGGAACUCCUAGCCAUCAUCCGGUCAUUCAAAUAUUGGCGUAUCUUCCUGGAAGGAACCUUGCACCCCAUCACCGUGUUUACCAAUCACUGUAACUUAGAAUAUUGGAAAGAAUCCUGGACCUUCAACCGCUGCCAUGCACAAUGGCACCUCCUGCUUGCUGGAUACAACCUCCAGAUUGUGUACAGACUGGGAAAACAGUCCAGCAAACCAGAUGCCUUGUCACAACGGUUGGAUCACACCAACAUCCCUCCUGAACCCCAAUGCAUGUUACCAAAACCCAUCUUUGCCAAUAUAGCCGUGGUCACGCCUGAGAAAGAACUCCAAUGCCAAAUCAAGGCCAGCCUAGACCAAGACAAAUCCUUAGAGGAGAUAUUACAAUUCCUCCAAAACAAGUCAAAGGCACCCCCUUCCAUCAAACAAGCAUUCAAGGACUACAAAAUGGAGGCAGGUUUACUAUUUAUCAAGGAAGAAUUCCCCUUAGCCGGACAUCCAGGGAGGCAAUGGAUGCUAGAACUGGUCUCAAGGAACUACUACUGGCCAGGCAUCUGCGCCAACACAUACUGGCAUGUGGAUUCCUGCAAAACCUGCCAACAAAUUAGAAAGCCCAAGUACACGUCCAUCCCUCCUCAACCCCUUGAACUACCUACACGCCCCUGGCAACACAUAUCUUAUGAUAUGAUUGUAGACCUGCCCAAAGACAGUAGUAGUGACUCUAUCCUGGUCAUAGUGGACAGUUUCACCAAAUACGUCAUCCUGGUGGAAUGUUCCAAAAAAGUGAAGGCCCCGGAAUUGGCGGAUCUAUUCUUAUGUCACGUGUGGAAGCACUAUGGCAUGCCUGAGAAAAUGCGCCUAGGAAUAGACCCUCACUUCUCCUUGGCGUAUCAUCCGCAGAGCAAUGGGCAAACAGAACACGUGAACCCUACAAUUGAGCACUACCUACAAGCUGACUCAGGGAUCAACCAAAGGGAUUGGGUUAAGUGGUUACCAAUGGCAGAAUUUGCCUACAACAAUGCAGUUCAUAGCGCUACAGGCAAAUCACCUUUCAAGGCACUAUACAGAUGGGAACCAGCACUCACCCCUAGCAGCAUUCCCACCAACGUACCAGAGGCAGACAAAUUGGCAGCACAAAUGGAAGCACAAUGGCGGGAAAUAGAAGCAGCGCUCCGGCAAUCAAAGAUCCGCAUGACAGCUGGAGAAACAGGAGAACCAAUUAACUUCAAGAUUGGAGAAGAGGCCUGGCUGGACGCCAAGAAUGUAAAGCUGAAGACCCUGAGUCCUAAGCUUACAGAGCAACGCCUGGGGCCCUUUGAGAUAACGGAAAAAAUCUCCAACCGCGCAUACCGCUUGAAACUCCCACCAUCAAUGAGGAUCCACAAUGUCUUCUACGUAGGAUUACUGUCCAAGGUUAAAAGGGACAAGAAGUGCACCUUUGAAAACCGCCCUCCUCCUGUCACUGUGGAUGGAGAAGAAGAAUACAAGGUAGAAGGAAUCACCAAUGCAGAGGAGCAAAAUGGGAAAUGGUUCUUCUGGGUCAAAUGGAAGGGAUACAGCCCCAAGAAAACACAUGGGAACCCCAAGAAAAUCUAA